AUGGGUGAUGCCGAUUUCGAAGAGAUUGUUAUGGAAUGGAGCAGAAGGCACGGUGUAUUUUCUGCAUGGUUUAAGAAUCUCCGAGGAAUCACGCUAGCGCUGUUGCUUGAGAGAAGCGUCCACCAGGAGGGCUCUUUCUCUUGA